AGAGGACCGACCCAGUCUGACAUUGCGGGAAAGUUAGAGAAACGCGUAUGCAUCCACCAUAAUAAUGGCUUUGCAGUUCUGGCAACUUUUUCUUCAGGCUGGAUUAGACCGCAAGACGUCCACUGGUGUGUAGCGGCUGCAGCAUCCCUCCACGUCCGUCACCAUGCCGUCAGUCUCUCUCAGCUUGCCGACCGCUUUGGCCGGUCCUGCUCGCACUUGGGUCUGUCUGUCCUGCAUGUUCUGGCCAGAAGAAUUGGAGGCUUUGCAUUCCCAUACCUUCCGGGAGAAGACUUUCAAGAAGGCCAAGCACUGCAGCGUUUGCAAACAGACCAUCGGCCAUGACGGACUCAUCUGCAGAGUGUGUCGAGUUGCUUGCCACAAGAAAUGUGAACCCAAGGUCUCUUCCUCUUGUGUUCCGGCAACAAACUAUGAGCUGGCGGCCAGCAGUGAGCUGCCCCUCAAGCUUGUAGACACACUGGGCUCCACAAAGUCAUCCAAGAGCAUGGAGUCACGACGCAGACCUUCCAGGAGUGCGAGUCUGCUGCAGUCCCCGGAGGACAGCUGUGAGCUGGACCUGAUCUACAUCACGGAGAGGAUCAUCUCUGUCUCCUUCCACGGCAGCGUGGAGGAGCAGAGCUACGCCGCCAACCUGCGCGAGGUGGCCUCCAUGCUGCGGUCCAAGCACGGCCACAACUACCUGCUCUUCAACCUCAGCGAGAAGCGUUACGACAUUAGUCAACUUCAUUCAAAGGUGUUGGACUUUGGCUGGCCUGAUCACCAUGCACCAGCUCUGGAUAAAAUCUGCAGCAUCUGCAAGGCCAUGGACACUUGGCUGAGUGCAGACAGCCACAAUGUGGUGGUCAUACACAAUAAGGGCAACAGAGGCAGAACUGGAGUGGUGGUGGCUGCAUACAUGCACUACAGCAAUAUAUCUGCCAGUGCAGACCAGGCUCUGGACAGGUUUGCCAUGAAGCGCUUCUAUGAAGAUAAAGUGCUUCCUGUGGGUCAACCCUCUCAGAGAAGGUAUGUGGAGUACUUCAGCGGUCUGCUCAGCGGACACAUCAAGAUCAACAACAAACCCUUGUUCCUUCACCACGUCAUCUUGCACGGGAUACCCAACUUUGAGUCCAAAGGAGGAUGCCGUCCUUUCCUCAAAAUAUACCAGGCCAUGCAGCCCGUCUACACAUCUGGAAUCUAUAAUGUUCAAGGGGACAGUCAGACAAGUAUCUGCAUCACCAUUGAACCCGGCCUACUUCUCAAAGGGGACAUCCUGCUCAAGUGCUACCACAAACGCUAUUGUGGCCCCUGUCGGGAUGUGAUUUUCCGGGUGCAGUUUCACACGUGUGCCGUCCAUGACCUGGGAAUUGUCUUUGGGAAAGAUGAACUCGACGAGACGUUCAAAGAUGAGAGGUUUCCAGAAUACGGGAAGGUGGAGUUUAUUUUUUCCUUUGGCCCAGAGAAAAGGCAUGGUCAAGGUAUGGAUCACCUAGAAAACGGGCCGAGCGUCUCGGUGGACUACAACACCCAGGAUCCUCUGAUUCGCUGGGACUCCUACGAGAACUUCAAUCAGAAUUGUGAGGACACCGCAGACGACGUCAUUCAUACCCAAGGACCCCUGGAUGGGAGCCUCUACGCCAAAGUACGCAAAAAAGAGUUUGUUGAUGGGAGUGUCACAGCCAAUGGGCUCCCACCCACUGCAAUUGAACACUCCCUACCUGCAGUUGACCAUGCCUUGUCAGUGAGCAGCGACUCUGGAAACUCAACAGCCUCCAUUAAAACUGACCGAACUGAUGAAGUGGCAGCAGUCCCUCAGACCACUUUGGUGAACCUACCAAACAUUUCCACCGUCGAGGAGAUUCCCCAAGUACAUAACCACCACCAGCAAUCCAUCAGCCCUCAAGAGAAGCAGGAGCUGGAGCAGCUCCUAGGUGGAUUAGAGGAGCCCAUGCAUCGCCAAGGCUCCCUCUCCUCCUCAACCUCUGGUGUUGGAGGGAUACUUCACCUGGUACCUGCCGAGGUCCAUGUGAAUGGUCAUAGGAACAUUGACCGUGAAACGGACAUCUUAGAUGAUGAAAUGCCGACUAGUCAAGAGGGCAACAGUGUGGACAGUUUGGGGACUUUCUCUUCCACCGAUGGCCGAGCCACACCGGCAGAUCUCUACUACCAGUCUGAAUCCGUCAUCAAAAUCCAGGACCAUGUGCCAUACCUGGAGUGUAGUGUUCCAGAAAAGCCAGUGGAAACACUGCAACCACACAUUUGCAUAUCAGAGAAAACUGUUUCGGUGACUCAUACUGAUUCAGUCCCACCCUCUAAUUAUAUGGCUACUCAGAAUUUGUACCGCUCACAGUCAUUUGGUGUAGAUGCACAGUCUAUGCCACCAGCUCCCACCCGAACCACCAGUAGCAGGAAUGCCGUCCAACGUGGUCUGAAUAUUUGGCAACGGUUCGGUGUACCUGAGGAGCCAGUGACAGAAGGACUCUUGUUUGGGCCACCAUCUCCUGUGGCAAUGGUUCCAGUUCACCAGAGUCUUCCACAGUUCCCUAAUCGCUACAGUGCCUCACAGGAAGAGAUUGAGAAAUCCAUAGAGACUUUGAAUCUCCUCAUGUUGGACCUGGAACCUAGCCAUUCUGUCAUGUCAAAGUCCCAAAGUGCUCCUCUGAGAGAAACCAGUGUUGUGACCACACAGCCGUCCAUCUCUCAAAGUCAAACAAGUUCUUUCUAUGAGGUGGAUACUGCUACUCAUUCUCAUUUCUCUGGUCCGUCGUCGAGCAAGGCCAGUUAUCAUUCACCAACUCAUGUAUCACCUGAGUCUGCACAUGUCCCUGGCUUGAAAACUAUUGGAACAGGUCUUUCUCCUCAAUCUACCGAAACCCAUCUUAGGCCAAUGAACGCCUUCCAAACAGACUCCUUGUCCCAGUCCACUGAGGUCUUUGAGCCUCAGACAGGCAUGAGUGCUCCAACUACAUCACCGCUGUCACGGGAUUCUGAACCUGAUGAAGUAUUCGUCGUUGAAGGACUGGUGGCUCAAAGAGUUGCAGGUGUCCAUUCCCGUGCCACUUCCUUCGAUGAGCAGACGACCGUACCCCGUCGUCGGUUCACAAGUGACAGCCAGUGUCUAAACAGACCGGAAGACGGUCCGUCCCCCGAUGUCUCGGUUCGCUCCCCUAUCCGUUGCGUUUCUCCAGAGUUCGUCAACGCCAUAGCGAUGAACCCUGGUGGACGACCGAAGGAGAGACACAUGCACAGCUACCGCGAAGCCUUUGAGGAGAUGGACAGUGGGCCUACCAGCCCGACCCCCACAGUUGGUGGUGAGGUGCUUCCCCGAACCCCUGCCUUCCCCGUCACGCCACAAACCCCUUACUUCAACCUGUGUCGGUCGCCUCCAGGUCUGGCUAAGACUCCACUGUCAGCCCUGGGAUUGAAACCCCACAACCCAGCAGAACUCCUACUCAACCAAACUGGUUCAGAACCCAGAAGUUACGUAGAGUCCGUCGCAAGGUCAGCUGUAGUCGCCGGGGAGCAACCCGCGACACCACGAAGCCUCAGUCCACAAGGAGAGAUCGCAGGGCAACGGAAAAGUCCAAGUCCCGUCUCCCAUGCCCUGAACUCACCUUUGUCCAGUAGCAGUCCCAUCCAGAACUCACAGGGGGGUGUAGCUUCAGCAGAAAGCAGCAUUAGCACUCCGUCCCAGCCCACUACUGAUUCAAGUUUCCACACUCAGGCAGCAGUGAGCACAUACCCCACACCAACGUCCUCAUACCAAGCACUGAUUUCUACCAAUUCUUCUCAUCUGGAUUUCAUUUCUCCAACAUCCUCCUUCCAAGGCAUCGCUUCUCCUACACUCUCUAAUCUUUAUCCUAACACCCAACCAAGGAGCUAUGUGGCCCCUGAUUCCGGCCUAUCUACUUGGAUAGAGCCCUCUAAGACCAUAGUCAGCCACGGAAGUCCCCAGUUGCAGCAACGGACAAAUAAUCGGACCUUUACUGACAAUGCUUUGUUUCAGAAGCACCCAAGUGCUUAUCAGGAAGGGUCUUUUGGUGGUCAGCAAAUGUCACAAGUGAAUGGCUUUGAAACUGGUGUACUGAGGCCGAGUGGCAGUCCUAUCCUUGGACGUCAUCAGUUUCAGGGAAAUCAGAUUAGCCAAGUACUCAACAGACAGGACUCUAUGGAGCAAGAGUCUCAACAAAGCCCAAUCCUAAGCAGACAACCGUCCCUGGGACAACCCAUGCAGAGCAGUCCUGUGCUCAGCAGACAUCCAUCUGUUUCCCAAUCCCAUGGAAGUCCAGUGUUGGGCCGUCACCCCUCUGUGUCACAGAUGUCCCAAAGGAGCCCAAGUUUAGACCGACACCCCAUGCAUAGUGGCUAUACCACGCCGGAUGAGAGGCACGGCAACCUGUCCAGACAGAGCAGUUCUUCUGGAUACCAGGGACCAUCAACACCCUCCUACCCCGUUUCACCUGCAGUCUACCAGGAAGGGGGAAUGACGGGGAUGGGUCUAGGGUUCCGACAGGGAAGUGCGAGCCCUGGUUUUCAACCCCAGCUUCCAGAAAAGAGGCGCAUGUCAAGUGGUGACCGACCAAAUGGAGCCGUGUCGUACAGCUCGUUGAAUGGAAAAAUGUCCACAAUGAGUGGAGGAAGCACUCCCAGCUACUUUCACACCCUCUCUGACUUCUCAAGGUUUAACAUGCCUGAUGGAAGCGCAGACAGCAGGCUGAAUGUUAAGUUUGUCCAAGAUACGUCAAAGGUCUGGUACAAGCCUGACAUAUCCAGAGAGCAAGCAAUCGGCAUGCUUAGAGAAAAGGAACCCGGAGCCUUUGUCAUCCGGGACAGCCACUCAUUCAAGGGAGCGUAUGGCUUGGCUAUGAAGGUGGCCUCACCCCCGCCAUCAGUGCAUCAAAACAAGAAAGGCGACGUCACCAACGAGCUAGUACGACACUUCCUGAUUGAGAGCAGCCCGAAAGGAGUGAAACUCAAGGGUUGUCCCAAUGAGCCGUACUUUGGCUGUCUGUCUGCCUUGGUGUACCAACAUGCCAUCACACCACUGGCCCUGCCCUGCAAACUACUCAUUCCUACAACAGAUCUACUGGAGGACGAGCCAGAAGUCGUGAAAACAAAUCCGCUGGCUGACCGACUGAAACAAGGAGCAGAUGACGUCCUUGUCAUCCCAGUGCAGAGGCCCCCUGCUGAGUCCCAUGCUUGCAACGUACUCUACAUAAACUCGGUGGACAUGGAGUCUCUGACGGGCCCCCAGGCCAUUGCAAAGGCCUUAUCUGAGACACUGGCUGCUGCUUCCCUUCCUACCGCCACCGUCGUGCACUUCAAGGCGUCUUCACAAGGCAUCACACUGACUGACAACCAGAGGAAGAUUUUCUUCCGACGCCACUACCCCUGCAACACUGUCACAUUCUGUGAUAUCGACCCUCAGGACAGAAAAUGGAGCAAGUCCGAGGGCGGCAAGGCCAAGCUGUUUGGCUUCGUGGCUCGUAAACAAGGAAGCACAACCGACAACGUGAGCCACCUCUUCGCCGAGAUGGACGCCGACCAGCCGGCCAGCGCCAUCGUCAAUUUUGUCUGUAAGAUGAUCACUUCGCAAAAACGAUGAGGUGGCUUUUCAUGCAAAAAAAAAAACCCCGGCACUUUUUCCAAACGCCUUUUGGUUGCUUUCCAGCCUUCGAAACACACUCCACUUUAGUUUCACCUUCCUCUGCGUGCGCGUAUAGCGGAUAUUAGUGCGCAUGUGUGCAUUUUUUUUUUUUCCGGGGACGGACUCCUGAGUGGAAGCGAGGACGUGCAGAAGGUGACGUGCGGGCUCUGUGACGUUGGAAAGGGACGACUUUAGAGCUCCCUGGCAGGGUAAGGUUUGAACGUGUGGUUGCAAAUGGGCGCGCCGUUGUGUAUUUUGCCUUGUUGUAAAGAAGAAGUCAAGUUGUGUGCAAGUCUUUGACCGUUCAACCAAAGAUUUUUUUUUUGAUAAAGCAGUCUGGGAUGAGGCGGCGGGAUAUAAAACGUCCGCUUUGUUGACAUGACGUGUUGUGUUGUGUAUGUUCUGAUACUGUAGGUCAAAGAGGCGAAACAAUGUUACAGGGCUAUUUUUUUUUUUUUUUUUUUUUUUUUUUUUUUUUUUUUUAAGUGUAUGUAAAUACUUUAGAUUGCUUUAUGGGUUGGACUGUUUGGUGCCUGACUUUUUAUUAUUUGGGCCCAGCUUUUUAUUUUAAUAAUAAAAUAAAUGUACAAAAAAAAAAAAAAAAAAAA